AUGCUGCACUCGAAGGCCAUUGUGCGCUUGCCCAGAGUAACUCAGACUCAUACAGCGCUCGCCGCCGUGCACUGCAUGACCUGGGGCUCCGCGCACGACUCCCUCCAAGCCGUGGCCUCUAUGGAGGCCCUCUUGACUUCAGAUGAUGUGCGUGCGCGUUUCGUAGCUGCUGGUGCAGUGCAGCCUUUGGUAGCCAUGCUGUCAGACAACUCCCGGGACGCAAGAUGCAAGGCAGCCAAGGCACUGGCCAACCUUGGACACUGCGCAGUUGGCAAGCGCAUUCUCGUCACGACAGGCGGCGUCCCCGCUCUCAUGAAGCUCUUCGCGACCGAUGAUCCCGAAUGUGAAGAGGCUGCGAGUGCUGUUCUCGUACAUGUCGCCGCAGGUGAGAAGGUCCGGGAGGAGCUCAUCCUUGGAGGCAUGCCUCCAUACUUGACGGCCAUGUUGGACAGCAACUCCCCCACAACACUGGCCCACGCGGUGCGACUGCUGGGGCAUUUGGCAACAAACCAGGACGUGGCUUCGGGCCUCUUUGAGGGCUUCCUUAGCAACCUUCUCAGCUUCCUUGACAGCAGCUAUCCGGACGAGGUAAAUUUGCCGGCUGCUUUCGCCAUUGCCCAGCUGGCCUCCACAGAUACACGGCGGAGAGCGCUGAUUGAAUCACAAAUCGUGGAAAAGCUGCUCCGUCUGCUCGACGAGGGGAGCCACGAUUGCAAGGCUGAGGCGGCAGGCGCGCUUGCAGUGCUCACCCAGACCCAGGACAAGCGCACGUUCAAGAAGAUUGCAGCACACAUGAUGGAUGCCGGAGUCCUUACUCCGCUUCUUGUCAUGCUGAGUUCCAGCCACGAAGCUUGUGGGGCCAAUGCGGCCCGGGUCCUGGUGUUGCUUGCCGCCACAGGGCGCACAUCAGCAGCGAUGCUGGCCUCAGGCAUCCUUCGCCACCUCGUCGAGCAGCUUCGUGCACCGAGCACCAGCGCGCAUAGCGAGCGACUGGCGAGGGUGCUGCAGGCACUGGCCAAGUUCAAUCGAAGCGAGAUGGAACUCGAGCUGUCGCAAGAGAGUGGGCAGGAGCUUCUGCUGGCGGCCUUGCAGAAAGAACAGGACCGGAAUCCGGCACCACUCAAGGUGGAGAAGCCCCGGCCUCCAAUGACGGGCAAAGGUCAGGUCACCGUCCUCCCAAUGUUAUCGAAGCUGAAGUCGGGAAGAAAGAUGCUUCCCAUGGACACCAUCAUCCGCACUCCGCGAAAGCUUCCAGCGGGGGCUGCACCGCUACCCCCACUGCACUGCUUCUACUGA